AAGGAAAUUUUUACCAUGGAGCAGUACACGCCACGCAAACGCUCUCAGAUUGUUGAAAUUUACAUUCAACAAAACAAGUCAAUUGUUAAAACUCAACGUGCAUGGAGAAAAAUAAAUAAAGUGAAAAGUGCGCCUUCCGCGAACACAUUGUAUCGUUUGUAUGAAAGAUUUUCAACUGAUUUAACGGCUCCAGACUUCUUUUUGUGGGGCUAUUUGAAAUCAAAGGUUUAUGUCAACAAGCCAAGGACCCUAGACGAACUUAAGGCCAACAUCCGACAGGAAAUAGCCGCCAUAUCGGCCGAAACAUUGGUCAAAACGAUGGAAAACGCUGCAAAACGGGCACUACUCGCCAUGCAGGCUCAAGGCGGUCAUUUAAAAGAUAUCAUAUUCAAAAAAUGA